UGUCCAGCAGCACAGAGCAGUCUGAAACGAUGCAGCGGACCACAGACAUCUAGCCACAACACCGCAACAUACACUCACACACGCACUCACACACAUACAACUAGAGGAAGAGAGAGGCAGAGGCGUAACCAGGAGAAGCAUCGUCAAGGAAAAGGAAAGCCACUCUUUUGUCUCCAUGGACACUCAACGUCCUCCGAGCAGUUCUUAGACCUUGUAGCGCAGCAGCGAGCUCUUGCCAUCCACUUAAUAAUUCAUCAGGUCGGUCUCUGAGCUUUGAGCCUGCAGCGCUCACCAACUUUUCCCCCUCUAACUUUCGCAGCAGCAGUCGGCUGUUUCAGCAACUCUCCUUUUAUACUUCAAACGGUUGGCACAGAGGCAGAGGAAAACAGGUUCAGGCACUUUGUGAGCAUCUUGUGUGUGUUUGUGCGUGUGUGAGUGUGUGUGUGUGAGGACAGUGGGUGAAAGGUGUGUGUGUGUUGUCUGGGCAUCCUGCUCUCAUUCUUGGACUUGGAACCCAUUGUUAAAAGCACAGCUCUUGUGGGACUGGACGAGCGAGAGGCGACGUGAGAAGCACUCUGGAGGCCACGGAGAGGCUCGUAUGGGACGUACGUCUCGUCUGUGAGCACCGCUGGUGAAAGCAGUGUUUAGGCUGUUGUAGGGGCUGUCUGUGCACCCUUGGAUUCUCUCUCAUCAUGGCUGGCUGUACCUGCCGCUGCAGACAGGGGGUACUAAAGCUCAUUCAGUCCCUUCAGAGGCUUGUCUCGGGAACCCUCAGCAAAGAUAAGAUAGAUGAUGAAUUAGAGAUGACAAUGGUCUGCCAUCGGCCGGAGGGUCUCGAACAGCUCGAGGCGCAGACAAACUUCACCAAGCAAGAGCUACAAGUCCUUUACAGAGGCUUCAAAAAUGAGUGUCCAAGUGGAGUAGUGAAUGAGGAGACAUUUAAACAUAUUUAUGCACAGUUUUUUCCACAUGGAGAUCCCAGCACAUAUGCCCAUUAUCUCUUCAAUGCGUUUGACACCAGAAAUAAUGGAUCCAUAAAGUUUGAGGACUUUGUGAUGGGACUAUCUACUCUACUGCGGGGGACGGUCAGAGACAAACUGGAAUGGACAUUUCAUCUCUAUGACAUUAACAAAGAUGGAUUUAUCAAUAAGGAGGAAAUGACAGAGAUAGUGAGAGCCAUCUAUGACAUGAUGGGGAAGUACACGUAUCCGGCUUUAAAGGGGGAUGUACCAAAGCAGCAUGUGGAUGCCUUCUUUGAGAAAAUGGACAAAAACAAAGAUGGAGUUGUAACAUUGGAGGAGUUUGUGCUUGCCUGUCAGGAGGAUGAAAACAUGAUGAGAUCCAUGCAGCUCUUUGAAAAUGUGAUGUAGAGAAGCUCCACCAGAAGAAGAAAAGAACAAAACAGAGAGUGGGAAACAGAACGCAAAAGGGAUUUUACAUUUAAAUAUAUAUUUGCUAUAUUUCACUGAACUGAGUUCUGGGGGAAUAUGAUGGCAUGAGAGGAAUGAGAGUCUGUGGGCUUUGUUUUUCUCUCUCUAUUCAAACCUUGUAACAUAUUCAGUGUUGUUUCUCGCUGGUGUUUUGGGAAAUUGCCAGCCCAGAAUCCACUUUGAUCCAGCCACGGAAGACUACAUAUGUUUGAAAUGCACUGUGCAUUUCCUGACUAGCAGGUGGUGAUGAUCAACAUCCUUCUUCCCUACGAAAAAAAGAAAACCACUCUCAAACGUUUUUCAUUUGCUUGACCCUAGAGCUCAGGACUCUACAUUUGGUGUACUGGAACUGCAUCCAGGAGGAACUAGAGCCUCCUUUGCUUGCUUUCUUUGCCAGAAGCGCUUGCAUGAGAAAAACCAGCAGAUGUGUUUCCUAUGAGUUGCUUGAAAAUAAUGCUGGCCUUCAAAAUAUCUAAUUUUAUGAUUUAUUUAUCUAUGACAUGGGGUUUAGAGGAUACUUAAUUUGAUGUUGAUUCGGUCUUGUGUUGUCAGUGUUGUUUGUUAGUAAUUGCUGUUUCCAGUCUGCCCACUUAAUGUAUGUCUAUCUGUCUCAUUCGUUACUUACCAAGCCAUUUUUGCCCACCAGAUCAUAGUGAAUAAGGUGGGACAGAAGUUAAGUGUGUGUGUCUAAGUAUGGAAGUAAGUGAGGAGUAUUAAAGAAACUACAAAAACCCAGAUACCUCUGCAUAGUUUCAAGAUGAACAAGACAAUAUUUGUAAGAGGGAAAAAAAUCCAGAUAAAUCACAUGAAAUAAAGAAAAAUAAUAAUUAUUUAUGGGUCAGGGUCAGUCGUAGGAUAUAUAAGCUAUGUAUAUACUUGCAAGUAUGGUGCCACAUGAAGAAAUGUUCAAUGAGGCAGAUACAAACUGUGAAAAUGAAGUAUUCUGUGCAAUUCAAAUCUCAGUUAAAACAUAUUAAAAACAUUUGUGG